CCGCUACGAUUUAGCCCCAUGCUUUUGGUAUCGCCUAAAACCGAAGCGUUGUGCAUCUCCCCACUCAUCUCUGCCUAAAACCGGAGCGUUGUGCAUCUCCCUACUCAUGUCUGAUGCAGAUGCACACUUUGAACCACUGUGACUGAUUAACUUUUAUACGUAUACGCAUGUUGGAUUGCACUUGGACCAAUUUCAUAGUGUAGGUUUGUAGAUCCACUUGUUCAACAUGCGAUGAUUACAAACUUCUUCGCAUUCGUGUUUCCUUCACAGUUUAAUGAAUUUUGGUAAAGUUCUAACAAGAUUGUAAGAAGAACAGUAAUCAUGUCGUGUUGUUGUGGUGAUGAUGACGAUGAGCAACGCCCGGAAUCUAAUAGAGUCCGAGGAUGCACCGAUAUUUUUUGGCUUUGUCUUUUCAUACUCUUCUGGUUUCUUAUGAUUUUAAUAGCAGCCUUUGCUCUGGUUUAUGGCAAUCCAUUAAGAUUAAUUAAUGGAUAUGAUAGUUUUGGAAAUACUUGUGGUAUGAAAAACAAUCAGAAAUUUGGCAGUAUGGAGCUUUCUGGACAAGAUACUAGUGACAAGCCAUAUUUGUUUUUUUUGAAUAUCAAGGAUGUUAAGCAGUCAUUGAAAAUUUGUGUUAAACAAUGUCCAGAUAGAACAUUGAAUACAAUGGAUGAUAUAUGUCAAUUUUAUAAAGAAACUGGAUCACAAUUAUGUCAUGAUCGUCCAGGCAGUGAUUUUACUGCCUGUAAUACUGGGGAUAGUAAGAAUAAAACUGGAUCCUGUCCUGUACCACCAGUGUAUAGCAGCAUUCCAAUUUUAAACCGAUGCAUUCCAAAAGCUGUAAAAGAUGUGGGUAAAACAAUUAUAUCAAACCUAUAUGGAUUGAUUAACUCAUGGGAUUUGAUAGAGCAAAUAUUAGGAGAUUUAUGCAAAACGUGGAGAGAGGUUUUAGCUCUAUCAUUCUUGGCUUUUGUGUUAUCAUUGUUUAUGAUUGCAAUAUUUCAUUUAUUGGCGAGCAUCGUAACAUGGAUUGUGAUGAUUCUCGUCACUGUUGCUUGUAUAGCUGGUACAGGUUUGUUGUGGUGGACUUAUAUUGGCAUAAAAGGAAUGCUUGAUAAAACAGAUCCAAGUCAACUUUUGGAGGAAUCUGUUAGAAACGAAAGGGCAUUUUUGGCUUUUGCUAUUAUUGCUACAAUCAUUACUAUUAUUUUAUUAUUUCUCUUGUGUAUACUGCGUAAACGGAUUAGCUUUAUGGCCGCCUUAUUUAAAGAAAGUGCAAAAUGUUUGGCGGAACUUCCUGGCCUAUUCUUCCAGCCACUAUUGACGUUUGCAGCCCUCAUUAUUUUUUUUGCGUUCUGGGUAACAAUAAUUCUCUGUCUAGCAACAGCUAAUUAUCCUGAAACUAAGUCUGUACAAAUGUAUGAAAAUCGCAUAUUUGACUCAUUGAAUUUAAGUUCAACCGAAGCCAAAAGUGCAUCGACUGAAUCGAAACCAAUUGAGAUUUCUAUCAAGAAUUUCAAAACGUUUACUCUAGUCGAAUCUGUUGAUGCUACAUGGGUGAAAUAUAUGUGGUGGGUUUACAUUAUUGGCCUAAUUUGGACUUCAGAAUUCAUUAUUGCUUGUCAAGAUAUAGUAAUUGCUGGAGCAGUUGCACAUUGGUACUUUAAAGGUAAAAACGCCAGUGCAUCUCCCGUAUGUUCGGCAAUGGGAACAUUAGUAAGCUAUCAUUUAGGAUCCGUCGCUUGUGGCUCAUUUUUGAUAACAAUAUUUAAAUUACCACGUCUAAUUUUGACUUAUCUUCACGCGAAAUUCGAGAAAACAAAGGAAACAUCUCCUUGCGCUCAAUGCGGUCUGAAAUGUUGUAUCUGUUGCUUCUACUGUUUGGAGAAAUUUAUCCGGUAUAUGAAUCAUAAUGCAUAUACAGUAAUUGCAAUUGAAGGAACACAUUUCUGUAAUGCAGCUAGAAUUGCGUUCACAACACUUGUCAGUAAUGCACUGCAAAUAGCAGUGAUUAAUGGAGUGGGCGAUUUUAUUUUAUUUUUGGGAAAAUGUUUCGUCACAGCCGCCACCGGAAGUGUCGGAUUAUUGUUCAUGAGACAAGAUCCAAGAUUGCAUUUUUAUGCUGCUCCAAUAUUUGUCACCUGUGUUUUUGCUUUCUUUAUCGCUCACUGUGUUAUUUCCCUAUAUGAGACUGUCAUCGAUACACUAUUUUUAUGUGUCUGUGAAGACAAGAAUUUGAACAGGGAAAACGGUCGAUGGAGACAAUCUGCACUGGCACAAAUAGGCUCUAAUACAAGUAGUAACGGUCAACAGUCACAUGAACUGGCUCCAAUUAACCAAUAAGUACAGUUUUAAAAUUUAUUGUCGCGUUUUCCAAGUAAUUUUUGAAGUUAUGUUAUAUUCUCGAUCUUUCCAAUAAGGGUAUCGUGUUAGCUGCAAAAUGCGAACACGUCGGUAGUACCAAUAUAGUCCAAAAGUUUUUCCAGACCGUGAAUUUUUAGUCAAUUUGCCUUUGAUAUCGUUUUAUUCAAUUUUAUAUCGCAAAUAACUUAUUUUAUAAUUAUGUGUAUGAAUAACUUUUUAUUCAGGAAAGUCCACGUUUACUCGGCAUAAACUUUCAGUGCAAUUAUACAAAACUGAAAAUAAUUGUCAUACAAAGCAUGUAAGUCCUCGAUUCGUAUGCAUAUUAUAUAUUUUUAGGCGCGAAGGAAUGCAUAAGUUUUGGAUGCAAUUGUUCCAUAAUUUAAUUGGUAACUAACAAUUAUACAUAUACUUAUUGAAGAGAAUAUGUCACAUACUCAAAUCGUGAUUUACAUAAUCACAAUUGCUAAACAUUUAUAAAUAUUAAAGACAGGGCUCAAUUUAGAUAAACUGCCUGAAAUGAAAUACGAUAAAACAGAGUCUGCUUUAGCAUAAGUAUUAUUGGUAAAACUACUGACAACUUUGCCUAUGCUGACGGCGCUGAUUCCGUCUAUUUAUUUUACUGCAGCAUUUAGGCAUUGAACGACUAAUUACGAGUGAAUAAUCUAUGUAGUAUGUAUCUAUGUAUGUAUGUAUGUAAUCUAUGUCUAUGUAGUUUAUGGAUCGUUAGUAAAUCAAAAAAUAUGAUAUAUUUAGCACAAUAGUAUUGAUAUAUUAGUAUUCAAAAAAUCUUCCGCAUUUCGCAUUUUAUAAAUGAAAGUGGACAAUUUUAAUGAAUCUAUACAAUUAAUGUGAAUAUAUGAAUGGUAUAAUGAUGAUGGCUGGAUUAGUAUUUUCAUAUGAAUGGAAAAACAAAAUUGCCAUAACAUAACUGAAGCUUACAAGGCAACUGUGAACUCGAACGUUUCAUAAUGAACUGUUUUUCAACAAUGUGGUAUAUUAUUACUUGAAUACAUCCAAAAGCCUAAAUAUUACUAGCAGUACUUAUCAAUAUCCUACUGUAAGAGAAAUUAUAAUUUAAUGUAAUUCAUCGAUAAACCAUGGAAAAAAGACUUGUAUUAAUUAAUGUACAAAAUAUUUUAAGACCUCUAAGCUGGAAUCAUUCAUUAAAAAUCUCUGAAAUUUUUAAAAUACUAUCACAAGUAUCACAAAAUGAAAAAAAUGAGAUUACUAAUAUGUAACAUUAUUACAUGCGUAUAAUUUAUAUUUGAAGCUCCUUUUAAGAAUGUAUUUCACUUAUAUCAAAAUUAUAGGAAAAUUCUAAACAAAAAUCCAGAGUGGAUUUAAUUUGGAAAUCGUAAAGAUCGAUAAUUAUGCAAAUUAAUGAUUAAAAGAGGCUAAAAAAUGUUUUAUGAGGUGUAAUAACUUCCUUUUAAUAAUAUUUUAUGCUUACGAAUUUUUUCAACAUUUAUAAAGUUGUUAUAAUCAAGAUUUCUCAGAUUAACAUACUUUAAACUGGGAUUAUAAACUUAAUGUAAUUUUAAUAUACUGUGAAAUGUACUAUCCACUUGUUUACUAUUUAGAAUCUAAUACUUCGAUCACAAUUGCAAGUUAUUUGGAAUAUCAUAAGGCACAUAUAAGACAAUUAUUGUCUAUACAUAAUCAUAAUAUAGUUUAUGCACAUUUUUAUAUUCAUGAAAUUAUUUUUGUAAAUCACAUUAUUAUGUAUAGUUCUAUCUUCUAAACAGAUAGAUUCAAGUUUAUUCGUAAUAACGGAAAUUUAUGCUCAGAAACACCGCAUAUUAUGAAUUAUAUGGUCGCACAGAAGAAAAAUUCACUUGUCUUACAUGAUGUUACGGUUUGGUUUAAUAGUCAUCAGUCGUCAAUAUAGAAUUAAUAAGGGAA